CCAGUCAGCAUCCAAUUUUUGUUAUUCAAACUCCACAAAGUUUGAUCACUUUCUCUUGAAUUCCUUCAUACACAGUUCUGUUUUCUGGAAUAUCGGUUUAGGUAUUUGAUGGGUGGAAAUCUAAUCAUCAUAGACUGAUUGCCAAAGAUGAGCCAACACAAUAAUAAUAACACCAUUUUUAGUCUCACAUUUCAUCAUUUCUAAUACCCACUUCCCCCCCCCCCACCACUAAUUACCCCUUAUUAAUCCCUUCCCUUUCUCAUUCUUCAUGAAACAGGAACAACAACAACAAUGUAACGAAGUUGUAAAGCAUGAUAUGAUGAGAGAAGAAGGUAAGCUUACACCUCUUUUCCUCUGUCUUCUCUUCAGACCUCUCUUCCUUCUCCUCCUCUUUCACUCUCUGCUUUUCACUCCAACUCUUACACUUCACCAUAACUCCUUGCUCUCUGAUAAAGCAGCCCUCCUGGCCUUCAGGAACUCCAUCAUUCUUGAUCCCACUUCCGCUCUCGCUAACUGGAUCCACCCUGUUCAUGUCUGCAACUUCACCGGAGUUGCUUGUGACCGACAUCGUCGCCGAGUAUCCAAGCUCACUCUCAUUGACCUUGGACUUGUGGGAAACAUCUCACCCUUCCUCUCCAAUCUCACCGGUCUUCGAAUUCUGGAAAUCGCCAAUAAUGAUCUGUUCGGGGGAAUACCUUCUGAGCUAUUCUCUCUUCAAAAUCUUCGUCGUCUUCGCCUCAGUAGCAACGGCUUAGAAGGUCCCAUACCGAGUUCCCUUGCUAGUUUGUCCAAACUUACUGUAAUAAGCCUUAUGCUGAACAAGCUAAAUGGGACAGUUCCAGCCUCUUUCUUUUCUAAUUGCACGUCGUUGCAUAAUGUGGACCUUUCCAACAACUUCCUGACAGGAAGGAUUCCAGAAGAAAUUGGAAAUUGUCCAAAUCUGUGGAAUCUCAAUAUUUACAACAACCAGUUCAAUGGAGAGCUUCCUCUUUCUUUAACAAACACGUCACUCUAUAACUUGGACGUCGAAUAUAAUCAUCUUUCAGGCGAACUACCUUCGGCACUUGUAGAAAACCUGCCUGCAAUUAGCUUCCUUCAUUUAUCAAAUAAUGAUAUGGUAAGCCAUGGUGGAAAUACCAAUCUCGAACCGUUCAUUAUGUCGCUUAGAAACUGCAGUAGUUUAGAGGAGCUUGAAUUGGCUGGGAUGGGGCUUGGAGGGAGGCUGCCUGAUUCUAUCGGCUAUCUGGGAGUCAAUUUUUCAGUUUUGUCUUUGCAGGAAAACCAGAUAUUUGGAUCAAUCCCUCCAAGUUUGGCGCAGCUUUCCAAACUUGCAGGGUUGAAUUUGACAUCAAAUCUACUUAAUGGAACAAUUCCAGCAGACAUAAGCAAGUUGUCUAAAUUGGAGCAGCUGUUCUUAUCACAUAACCUCUUUACUUCAGGCAUUCCAGAAGCAUUAGGCGAGUUACAACAUCUUGGUUUGUUGGAUCUAUCUCACAACCAACUUUCAGGUGAAAUCCCAGAAAGUAUUGGAAACUUGUCUCAGAUGAACUAUCUGUUUCUCAACAACAACUUCUUGUCAGGAACAAUACCUUCAGCAUUGGGGAAGUGCACAGGUCUUUAUAAGCUGGACUUAUCCUUCAACAUGUUGUCAGGAAGCAUUCCUCGAGAGAUAAUAGGCUUGCAAGAGAUAAGAAUUUUUAUUAACCUUUCUCAUAACAAUCUUCAAGGAAUUUUGCCCAUUGAGCUUAGCAAGCUGAAAAACGUUCAAGAGAUCGACUUUUCGUCCAAUAACCUCACCGGAAGCAUCUUCCCUCAGAUAUCAAGUUGUAUUGCACUGAGGUUUAUAAAUUUUUCAAUGAAUUCCCUCCAAGGUCACCUUCCAAAUUCCCUAGGUGAACUUGAGAACCUUGAAUCAUUUGACAUUUCAAAAAACAAAAUGUCAGGUAUGAUUCCAACCAGUCUUGGUAAGCUCCAAUCCCUCACCUAUCUGAAUCUUUCAUUCAAUAACUUCGAAGGAAUGAUUCCAAGAGAGGGUUUUUUCAAAUCAUCUACACCUUUGUCAUUUAUGAACAAUCCACUACUUUGUGGAACAGUUCCUGGAAUACGAACCUGUUCUGGCGAGAGAAAUCGGUUUCAGUCACCUCUGUUCUUGACUAUAUUCAUCUUAAUCAUAUGCAUAUCAUCAUUCUUAACAACACUAUGCUGUGGGAUUGCUUGGCUACAUCUAAAAGCGAUUAUUUCGGUACGAAAUAGUGAGUACCGAAAUAGUGAGUCAUCAAGGAGAUCCAAGAUGCCAGAUUUUACACACAAUUUUCCAAGAAUAACAAGCAGGCAACUAUCAGAAGCCACAGGAGGUUUUGAUGAACAGAGACUAAUCGGUACAGGCAGCUAUGGACGAGUCUACCGAGGCGUUCUUCCAGAUAGAACAACAGUAGCUGUUAAGGUUUUACACACGCAAUCUGGAAAUUCCACAAAGAGCUUCAGCAGAGAAUGUGAAGUUUUGAAGCGAAUUCGCCACAGAAACCUUAUAAGAAUAAUAACAGCUUGUAGUCUACCAGAUUUUAAAGCUCUAGUUCUACCAUAUAUGGCAAAUGGAAGCUUGGAUAGGCAUCUAUAUCAACAUUCACCAGCCAGCUUGGCUUUUGGUUCUUCAGAUUUAAGCCUUAUCCAGAGGGUAAAUAUAUGCAGUGAUAUAGCUGAAGGAAUGGCAUACCUUCACCACCACUCUCCAGUCAGAGUCAUACACUGCGACCUAAAGCCGAGCAAUGUUCUUCUAAAAGACGACAUGACAGCUCUAGUUUCCGACUUCGGAAUCUCGAGGCUGAUGACUCCUGGAAUUGGAAGUGGUGCAGCUGCUGAAAACAUGGGAAAGUCAACUGCAAGCAUGCUAACUGGAUCAAUUGGAUAUAUCGCACCAGAAUACGGAUUUGGUUCAUCAGCAUCCAUGGAAGGAGACGUUUACAGCUUUGGAGUUCUAGUUUUGGAAAUGGUGACAAGAAAAAGACCAAUAGACGACAUGUUCGUUGAAGGGCUUAAUCUACAUAAGUGGGUGAAGAGUCAUUACUACAGCAGAGUAGAAAAGGUAGUGGAUUCUUGUCUACAGAGAGAUUCGAGAGAUGAAUCACCUGAAAUGAAGAAAAUGUGGGAAGUGGCAAUCCGAGAGCUAAUCGAAUUGGGUUUGCUCUGCACUCAACAAUCUCCCUCCACGAGACCCACAAUGCUCGAUGCUGCCGAUGACUUGAAUCGAUUGAAGAGAUAUCUUAAUGAUGGCGACACCACAACAACAUUUGCUUCAUCACUUGGAAUUUCUUCCUCCACGCUUGGCGACGACUCCAAUUACUCCCCACAAAUCGCCAUCGACAGAAACAUCUAAUAAUGGCCUCCCCAUUUGCUCCACUCGGGAAGUAUUGGGGUUUGAGAAUGACCAAAAUGGCGAAUGUGGGCGGCGACCAAAUCUUCUGCGGCGCCCAAUUGAAUGGGGACUUGUCGACCAUUGGAUCGAUGGUUGGGGGGAAAUCCAUAACGCCAUACGUAAAAGAAAGAUGGAAACAUAAUGAUUUUUUUUAUCCCAAUUCGUUGAAUUUUGCGUUCAAGAAAUUGUCUCUUUGCUGUCUUAUUGCAUAAAUCAACCAAAUGAAGGAACGAUAAUCAGAAAUUUGGAAAUAUUCUGAAUUUUUGGUUCCGAAUUGAGAAGCCAUGUACGAUUUAGACCCUUAAAUUUAUUUAGAACAAAAACAUAAACCAAUCAAAAGCUUAUACAAGGAAGGAAUUGCAAAGAGAAAUCAAGUAGGCAAAGAUUCUUGGUUUACAUGCUUUUUUUU